UUUCUGUCUGAGGACACCAUAAGUCAAAUGGCUAAAAGAGUUUAUCGAAAUUCUCUAUGUGUUAAGAAGCACAAGAGAUACAAUGGCUUGGAUUGGAUAAGUCAAUUAGCAGAAGAUAUUCUUGUUUUCAUUCUCUCUCUCUUGACAAUGAAAGAAGCAACAAGAACUAGUAUUCUUUCACGUAGGUGGUUGAAGGUGUGGACGCUAAUUCCUGUAUUGAAUUUUGAUGCACAACAAACAUUAAAUGAUGUGCAAUUGGAAACAAAAACUCUUGAAACUGAAAGGACAAGUUAUGUCAAUUGGGUGAAUCAAGUUCUGAGUUCGUGUAAAGGUACUCCAAAAAUGCAUAAAUUCAGAAUUCGUUUUGAUUUGGAUAAAAGUUUUGGAUGCGACAUUGAUAGAUGGGUAACAUUCGCAAUUGAAAAGAAAGCUGAGAUAAUUGAGUUGGACUUGCGAGAUUAUUUUGAUACCAUAUUUAAGAAGAAAUACACUUUUCCAUUCAAGUAUUAUCAAAAGCAGUUGCGAUCACGAAAUAUUGGUUUUCCUGGCUGUAGUUGCCUUACUAGUCUUCAAUUGGCUAAUGUAAAUGUAACUGGAGAAGUUGUUGAAUACUUCUUAUCUAAUUGCUUGCUUCUAGAAUGCUUAUAUAUAGCAGCCUCGGAUCUUCUGGUGAAUCUAAAAGUUGAUGGUCCAUCACUUCGGUUGAAAUAUUUGGACAUAAAAUAUUGCUUUUCCAUUAAGAAUGUUGAAAUUUCUGCAGUCAAUCUUAUAUCAUUCAAAUACUUCGGACCGAAGAUAAGCAUGCCUUUGAAAUGUGCUCCCCGGCUUGCUGAAAUGCUGAUAGGAGGGAGUUAUUCUCAUUACCUAAUUCAUAAUUAUUAUGAACUUUCACACUACCUUUAUCAAUUAGAGACACUUUCUUUAGAUGUUUGUUAUAGUAAGGUAACAAAGGAUCUUCAAUUUCCAGUAUUGACCAAUCUCAGACGAUUGGAGCUAAUAACAAAUACAAAUGAUGAAGAAAGCCUUCUUGGCUUCACUUUUUUGAUCGAGGCAUCGCCUUUCUUGCACAAAUUUACUUUAAAGUUCCAUUGGUAUGCUAGUUACAUACAACGAGAAGCUGAAGAGCCUAAAAGAUGUCCUCAUCAACACCUCAAAGAGGUAGAAUUCAUUGGUUUUGUGGGGGAAAUCAUUGAUGUCGAGCUUGCAAUGUACAUCAUUGAGAAUGCUGUCAGGCUUGAGAGGUUUGUUUUUGACACUCGUAAACCACAUAUGAUUGGAAGCCCAUGGGAGUUCGAAGAAACAAAGGAAAAACGAUUGGCUAGGAGGCGCGCCCAACGCUUACUAUCAAAACUACAUCCUAAUUUUGAUUUUGUAGUCGUUUAAUUUAAUAUGAUUUUAGUUGGUGAUUACGAUCAAAACUACAUCCUAGUUUUGAUUUUGUAGUCCUUUAAUUUAAUAUGAUUUUAGUUGGCAGUAAUCACCAAAUAUGUGUGACUUUACCUAAGGAGUUUGAUAUCCAAAGGGUGCUGCUUUAA